AUGGAGAAGAUGCGCCGCCCCUGCCCCUGCCCCGCAGGUGAUGUGGAUGCCGCGACCACUGCACCGCCGUCUCCGGGACCAUGGGCCGAACUUCCGGUCGGGAUAUUGGCCAAAAUUCUCUGGCGAAUCAAUCCCGACACCGAUUUGACCAACUUCACCUCUGUCUGCAAGGCGUGGCGCGCUGCCGCCGCGGACGACCUGCUGCCUCUCAAGCAUCAGAUGCCGUGGCUGCUCCUCACCGAGGAGGACUACCCCGGAUCAGGCGGCGGGCACACCCGCAGUUUCUACAGCUUGUCGGAGGACAAGAUCCAUGAGCUGCCCCUCCCGGAGGCCUGCCGCCGACGGUGCGUAGGCUCCACGGACGGCUGGCUCGUGACGCUCGGAGAGGCCGUCGAGGGCGAGGAGAUGCACAUUCUCAAUCCGAUAUCGAGAAUCCGGAUCCCUCUCCCUUCGCAGUCCACGCUUUUACUGCCGCCCGAAGAUCACACAUUUCCAGAAGAACUGAUAGCACAAAACCAGCAGCGGACGGUGCGGGAGAGGUAUCAGAGUUUUAUAACAAAGGUGGUCUUAUCCUGCAGCCCCGCGAAGAAGGGCUCGGACUGCGUGGCGCUCGCCAUAUACGGAUGGUCAGAUAACAAGCUCGCCUACGCAAGGCCCGGCGACGCUGCGUGGACUAUCUUGAGCUGGGACUGGAGGCAGUUCACGUACAAGUGGGGCCCAUUAGAGGACGCCGUGUACUACAAGGGGCAGUUCUACGUGGUCAAUCUUCACGGCACGGUCAUGAGAUGCAGCAUCCCUCCCGUCGGAAGUGCCGAAGAGCCCUUAGUGGAGGUGAUCGCCUUCGGGAUCCCUUACGACGAUCUGAUUUGGGGAAAUUCUACGUAUCUAGUCGAACACCAAGGCUCGCUCCUGCAGGUCUUACGAAAGCGGCGGCCUUCGAAGAAGAGCAGGCCCGAUAAGCCGCUGCUGCAGUACCUCACGUUCGGCUUCCACGUCUUCAGGCUCGACCCGUCCAGCAGCGCGUGGGAGAUGAUAGAGAGCUUAGGAGACGGCGCUCUGUUUCUAGGGAGGAACACCUCCGUCUCCGUCUCGGCUACCGACCUUCGAUGGUGCAAGCGGAACUGCAUUUACUUUACCGACGGCGACGACUUGAGCCCCUGGUCCGCCAUCUCACUGGGAGGCCGCGGAGCGGGCCGCGACACAGGCUACUGCACCUUGAAAGACUGGGAGGUUCAUUAUCUCGACCAAGUUGCGUCCUACUCUCCCUCUUCCCCUCCUAUUUGGGUUUUGCCAUCUGCUGGUGAAGGGUAAUUUGAAGCCUCAAUGAUUCUAAAUUAUCAAUGCUCUUUACAUAGGACCACCAUUUUGCAACUAGCUUGCUAGGGAGUGUUUUUAAAAGUUAAAUUAGGUAUUUCAAUUUCAGUUCAUACCGUUGAGGUCUAAUCUGUGGGAUUAAUAAAUUCUCUAUUAUAAAUCGGGGCUUGUCUUAA